GCGUCCGUGGGAAACAGUUGGAUUAAAUUUGUCCUCUCUCGCCCUCCGUAUUUCUCUGACGACAUAUUGCCUGUGAAGAGCAAAUUCUGGAAAGCCAAGAGAGAAAGAGGAUUACUAUUUAUUUCUAAACAACACACGGAAGUAUCUGUUAUUUAAGACAAAAAAAACAAACAAACAAACAAACAAAAAAAUGGAGCCGUCAGCCAGUCCAGCGAAGGAUAACCACAGGAUGAACAGCUACAAGAACAAAGCCCUGAAUGUGGAGGAGAUGAGACGCAGGAGAGAGGAGGAGGGCAUACAGCUGAGGAAGCAGAAACGAGAGCAACAGCUGUUCAAGAGGAGAAACGUUGACAUGUUGAACGAGGAGGGAGUCAUGUUUGAGAGUCCACUGGUCGACUCGUAUGUGGACUCCACAGCCACAGAGGAAGGAGUCCUAACUAGACGCCUGGUGGAAAUGCUCUUCUCAGAGGACCCAGAGCUCCAACUCACUACAACACAGACAUUCAGGAAACUACUGUCCAAAGAACCCAAUCCACCUAUUGAUGAGGUCAUCAACACCCCAGGCAUUGUAGAGAGGUUUGUGGAGUUCCUCAAGAUGAGCGUCAACUGCACAUUACAGUUUGAGGCAGCCUGGGCCCUGACCAACAUAGCAUCAGGUACGUCCAUGCAGACUAACAUAGUAAUCGAGGCUGGAGCAGUACCCAUCUUUAUAGAACUACUCAACUCGGACUUUGAAGAUGUUCAGGAACAGGCAGUGUGGGCUUUGGGUAACAUAGCAGGGGACAGUGCAGUGUGCAGAGACUACGUACUCAACUGUAACAUCCUGCCACCACUAUUAAUGCUUCUGACUAAAUCAACCAGACUGACCAUGACCAGGAAUGCAGUGUGGGCUCUGUCUAACCUGUGCAGGGGGAAGAGCCCCCCACCUGUAUUUGAAAAGGUGUCCCCCUGUCUGCAGGUCCUGUCUAGACUGUUGUUCAGCAGUGAUUCAGAUCUGUUAGCAGACGCCUGCUGGGCUCUGUCCUACCUCUCUGAUGGACCCAACGAGAAGAUCCAGGCUGUCAUCGACUCCGGCGUCUGCAGGCGCCUCGUAGAGCUGCUCAUGCACACAGACUACAAGGUGGCGUCUCCUGCUCUGAGAGCAGUGGGGAACAUCGUUACUGGAGACGACAUCCAGACACAGGUGGUGUUGAACUGUUCAGCCCUGCCCUGUCUGCUCCACCUGCUGAGUAGUCCUAAAGAGUCCAUCCGGAAAGAAGCCUGCUGGACCAUCUCCAACAUCACAGCUGGCAACAGGGCUCAGAUACAGACGGUGAUCGACGCUAACAUCUUCCCUGUGCUGAUCGACAUCCUGCAGAAGGCAGAGUUUAGAACCAGGAAAGAAGCAGCCUGGGCCAUCACUAACGCCACCUCUGGAGGAACACCAGAACAGAUCAGGUACCUGGUGAACCUGGGCUGUAUCAAGCCUCUGUGUGACUUGUUGACGGUGAUGGACAGUAAGAUAGUCCAGGUGGCUCUGAAUGGUUUGGAGAACAUUCUGCGACUGGGAGACCAAGAGGCCAAGCAGGAUGCAGGACCCAGCGGUACUGGCAUCAACCCUUACUGCUCUCUCAUAGAGGAGGCCUAUGGUCUGGAUAAGAUCGAGUUCCUUCAGAGUCAUGAGAACCAAGAGAUCUACCAGAAGGCCUUUGAUCUGAUAGAGCACUACUUUGGAGUGGAGGAGGAGGACCAGAGCCUAGCUCCUCAGGUAGACCAGGUCAACCAGCAGUUCCUCUUCCCGCAGCAGGAGGCACCCAUGGAAGGCUUCCAGCUAUAACGCCCUCCUUUCUCUUUGGUUCAUCCAAACAUCACUCAUAUACCCAUAGGAUCCCAUUGGAAGGCUUUCAGUUAACUUCUUCCCCCCCCAUAUCCCCUACCAAUGGAGGGUUUUGAGGUAAAUUAGGGUCCCUGUGUCCCUCCAACCACCACCCAUCCUUUAUGCCCCAGCCCGUGGCUAGCUCUGCUACCCCAGGGUUUCCAGGGUUUCCUGUACCCCAUCCUUUCUCCACUGUGACCUUCCAGGCUUAACCAUGGAAGAUAGAACGUUGUCCUCUCCAUCCUAUCCCCAUGGAAGGCUUUAUCCAACCUAAUAUUCCCCAAUCCCCCGUGAACACCUCAUCUCGUCUGAGGAGCCAAUCGGAGAGCUGAACUCCUCCACCACAUGACCUGAUGACAAAGCUCUUCCAGAUCAGUGAUCACACACCAAGGCAGGUUUGAAACGCACAGAUACAUUGAGAAAUACCGCCAGUACUGUUGAGAGUCCUGAUUUUUCUUCUGACAGUAGCAGUGGCUUGUUGUGGUUUUUACUGCUUCCUGUCGGCCCAUAGGGAUGACCUUUAGGAUGUGGGGGGGGGGGUCAAAUCUGACCUAGUGUGAGGAGUGUUAUUUCACUUAUUUAUCCUUUCCCCUUCAUUUUAGCUUUUGUCAGCCCUGUUUUUUUAUUUCCUUCUUGGCCUGUUGUGAAGCACAUCUCAGUGUACCACCUGAAGGCCUGAAGACUUCUUUAUUGUUAGCAAUAGAACUGAGGCCAAACCCUCAUUCACAUUGGUUUCUGUCUUAUCAAACAUACAGGGUUCCACUAAAACAAUUCUGGGGAUUCUUAGUAAUUCUAGAACUAUUGUUUGGAGUGUUGACCCAAGGUUCUCUCCUUCUAGAACUAACAGUCCUUUCUCUACAAUUUUAUUUCCUACAACUUUUAGCAACUUUGUUUGCGUCAGAUGAUUUCUUGGACCUGGGGAGGGAUGACAAGGGUGGAUCAACAUGUUGGGGUCUAAAUCGUAAAAUCAGGAAAACUUCUGGGCUAACGGAUGGCGUCGAGUGGGAUGGGGAAGGGGAUUUAAGGUGGGUGGGUGGGUGGGGUCCAUAUUGAACCAUAUAAACAGUUAAAAUACCUAGGUUACUAGCUUGAUCUGAAGUUGAUAUAGCUAGAGAUAUAAUGUUCGUUGUGUGCUGUGUUCUUAAUAACGAUAGAUUUGAAUUAUGACGUGAUUCUAACUAUUAAAAUGGCAUACCGCUGGGGGGGGGCUACACUAAUUUGAGAAAAAACAUGUAACUCAGCUUCACUUAAAUCAGACAUUGAUGUCAGAUUCACUGUAACAUCCUAUUUACUCACCUGCAUGUAUGGUUUUGGGCUUUUUUUUUUUCUUUCUCUCUCUGUUCCAUCGAAGCCCGGGAUGCAUUCUGAAUGACACGCUAAGCCCAAUGGGCCCUGGUCUAAAGUAGUGUACUAUAUAGGGAAUAGAGCCCUGGUCUAAAAUAGUGCACUAUAUAGGGAAUAGGGCUCUGGUCUAAAGUAGUGCGUUAUAUAGGGAAUAGGGUGUCAUUCGGAACAGAGCUCCAGUGUAAAUAGAUAUGUUGGUGCUGGCUGAGUUGCAGUAGGCCCUGGGAUUUGGUGUCCCCCCCCGGUGUGUAUGUAUGCUAGGGUUUGCAUGGUGUUCCUAUUGCCCUACAUACAGUCACGCACUAUCCUUUUGCCAAACACCUGGAAUUAUUGUUGGGAGAGGGAGCGAGAGAGGCAGGGUGAGAAAGUGCCGUAAUUUAAGUCUCUCUUUUCGAAAAUCGAACAAGAUAUUAUAUUUAAGCAAUAAGGCCCGAGGGGUUGUGGUAUAUGGCCAAUAUACCACGGUUAAGGGCUGUUCUUAAGCACGAUGCAACGCGGAGUGCCUGGAUACAGCCCUUAGCCGUGUUAUAUUGCCCAUAUACCACAAACCCCCGAGAUGCCUUAUUGCUAUUAUAAACUGGGUGGUUCGAGCCCUGAAUGCUGAUUGGCCCGACAGCUGUGGUAUAUCAGACCGCAUACCACGGGUAUGACAACAUGUAUUUUUACUGCUCUAAUUACAUUGGUCACCAGUUUAUAAUUAAGCAGUAAAGCCUGAGGAGGUGUGGUGUAUAUGGUCAAUAUACCACAGCUAAGGGUUGUGUCCAGGCCCUUGGCGAUGCGUCGUACUAGGUAUCAUUGUGAUGGCGAUAUACGUACUAGGUAUCAUUGUGAUGGCGAUAUACGUACUAGGUAUCAUUGUGAUGGCGAUAUACGUACUAGGUAUCAUUGUGAUCGCGAUAUACGUACUAGGUAUCAUUGUGUUGGCGAUAUACGUACUAGGUAUUGAUAUGUAUUAUUCACUGUCACAUUAGAAAAAUGUACAACUCCCCUUAUUCUUCUCGUAGGGUGCAUUUUAAAUGGCACUGUAUUGUUCUUAGUGCACUCGUUUUGACAGGAGCCAUCCUGGGAGCCUCUGGUCGGAGGUAGAGGCACUAUAUCAGACAAGGUGUCAUGCAUCUAACGACAACCAGGGUUUGGCAAGGGGACAAGUCUUUUUAAUUUAGACCGUGACAAACCUAACCGCAACAGAAAUUAAGUUUAAGAUGUAUUUGCACAGACACUUCAUGCACACAUGCAUACAACACCAGCAGACUGUACACAGCUCACACGGAUGAGCGCUACAUAAGGAGAAAUAACUUCCAUAAUCCACCUUGUUGAAGGAACGUUAUUGCAUGUUUUCUUUCUGCUAUGUUGGGUUUUCAAUGCGGUAUGGUCAUUCAAUGUUGUUUUCUUUCAUCGUUUUUGCCGCUUCCUUAUCGGCACUAUUGAGAUAAUGCGCUGAGAUUAUAAUUUUUUUUUUUAAGAAUGCAUUUACCCACAAUGCAUCACAUUCACAGCAUCCUUUAAUAUCUCAAAUAUAUAUUUUUUUUCUUCAUAUUUUUCUUGAAGUGCAGGGUGUACUUUCUGGUAUUAUGCUCAGAUUUAAAAAAAAUAUACAGGACACAACAAUGUAGUAAUUUCAUGUGGAGAGUUGGAAAAUAAACACAUUCAUUAGAUUAGCAUUGAAAAUGUGACCAGCGGUUAAGAAAUCAACUAAUAAAGUGGAUGAAAAAAAAAAAACAUUUCAAAUUCAUAGAAUGACAGUAAAAGUUGUUUGCUGAGCAGUUAGCUGAAAUUCAUUGUUUAUUUUCCACUCCGAUGGUGAACUGCUUACAUUCACUUUGUCAUUUUCGCUCGCUAAUCCUGUAGAAUCAGCAACAGCGCUAAUACAAUUUUAUUUUCAAACACUUUCCACAUGUCAGUUAUUACGUUGUCUUAACAAAAAAGGUUAUCUUCAACCUAGGUAUUAUGGAAGCCUUUUCUCCUUUCUGUUACAUGACUGAAGAUGGUUAGAUGAUAUGCCUUUAGACACAAAUCUACGAUCAGCUUGCCCUCCCUUAAUCCUGACCUGUAACAUUAAAUGGGGCAAAAGCAAAACUGACCAUAGAUCAGUCUCUGGGUUGAGUGGAGGCUAAACAGUUUUGGUGGUGACAGUUUGACUGACCGGCACUGUGUGAGGAAGCGAUACGUGUAAAAAUGUUAUGUCCUCAUCAGUCACAGCUUCUUCUGUGGAUCUACUAUUUCCCCUGGUUGAGCAGAACCAACUGGUUUGAGGUAAACAAAAUCAGAAUAUACAGAGCUGUUUAAUUUCAAACUUAAUACCUAAACUUUCAUUUUGGAAGGGCAUCUGUACCGCAGCUUUAAAAAAAUAAAAAAAUAAUAAUAAUGUUUUUACUUGAUAUGCUAGCUAUGAGGACCCUAGUCAUUGCACAUGUUUAUAUAGCAAAUCAUCCCCUAUGGUUAUAUUGUCCUUCCUGACGUGAUGUCUCGGUAGGUUGACCCUGUGAGGAUGCGAGCCAUGACUUUGUACAAAGUCAUACCUUGUUAUUAUGUUCCAUCUGCAAUGGUGAUUUUUUUUUCAUGGUCUGCAAUGGUGAUUUUUCAAUUUUUCAUGGUCUGCAAAAUUGUGAUUUUUCAUGGUCUGCAAAAUGGUGAUUUUUCAUGGUUUGCAAAAUGGUGAUUUUUCGUGGUCUGCAAUGGUUUUGGACACGUUGCUCUUUGGUUGACAUGCAAAAUGUAUUGAAGUUGGUAAGAGACUAAGCUUGUCAUUGAUCUAACAUGGACAGUUAGUAACAGUUAUAGGCUAUUAUAGGAGUCUAUGCACUUUGGUCCUCUAAAGGGAAAUGGUUGUCCACAGAACAAGUGUUCCAAACUGACAUUUUGAGACUAAAUAAAUCUUGGAAAACAUGAAA